UACACCCUGUACUUUCUACCUAAAUACCGGCAAGUUGCAAGUGGAAUUCUGACUGGAGUUAAUGAAGGCCUCACCUCACAUUACGAACUAAUCAAGAGUAUGGGCUCGACGCAAGACAUCUACGAAAUAAUCAGAUUAAAUGUUUGGAAAUGCCGAAACCACUUCAAGAUAAAUGCAGUCUAUAAUCCACCCCAGCGUCCCAACUUUGACUUUCUGAACAUCUCACACAAAACUUCAACAACUUCGACUGAAACUGUAGUAUUAGGAGACUUCAACACCCAUUCCAACACAAAAGUAGUAUUAGGAGACUUCAACACCCAUUCCACCACCAGAUGGGUCUACAAGGAUACAAGCAUAGCUGGAAAGGAAAUCGAAGACAUGCUAAACAGCAACCCUCUGGAACUUAUUUACAGCAAUGAGGAUCCGGCUACAACACUCUGA